AGAGCUAGCUAGUUUGCCACCACGACUACCAAAACCAGAUUGCCGUGGAGAGAGACACAGAUGGUCAUGUCGGAGAGUUGGAGCAAAGAUGCGGUACCGAACGGUGCAGCCCAUAGCACUAGUACAGAGCCACACGUGGCUAGACCAAAUAUUGGCAACAGAGUGACUGUAGUGCUUGGGGCUCAAUGGGGCGACGAGGGCAAAGGGAAGGUUGUGGACCUGCUCGCUCAGGACGCUGAUAUCGUUUGCAGAUGCCAGGGUGGCAACAAUGCAGGACACACGGUGGUGGUGGACUCUGUGGAGUAUGACUUCCAUCUUCUACCCAGCGGGAUUAUCAACCCCAAGGUCACUGCUUUCAUUGGUAAUGGGGUAGUGAUCCACCUGCCUGGCCUCUUCGAGGAGGCUGAGAAGAAUGUGUGCAAAGGCAAAAGUCUGGAGGGCUGGGACAAGAGGCUGAUCAUUUCAGACAGAGCACACAUUGUUUUUGAUUUCCACCAAGCGGUCGACGGUGUGCAAGAGCAGCAGAGACAAGAGCAAGCAGGCAAGAACCUCGGAACAACGAAAAAGGGGAUUGGACCGGUGUACUCAGCCAAAGCAGCCCGUAGCGGCCUCCGAAUAUGUGAUCUCAUGUCUGACUUCACGCAGUUCUCUGAAAGAUUUAAAGUCUUAGCCUCGCAGUAUCAGUCUAUGUAUCCAACCCUGGUGAUUGACAUCGAUGGGGAGUUGUCGAAGUUGAGGGAUUACGUGGAGAAGGUAAAGCCUAUGGUGAGAGACGGGGUCUUUUACAUGUACGGGGCCUUACAUGGACCUCCCAAAAAUAUCCUGGUGGAAGGAGCCAACGCCGCCCUCUUGGAUAUUGACUUCGGGACAUACCCUUUCGUGACCUCGUCUAACUGCACAGUGGGCGGGGUGUGUACGGGGCUAGGCAUGCCGCCCCAGAACGUGGGUGAGGUGUAUGGUGUGGUCAAGGCCUACACCACCCGGGUUGGCAUCGGAGCCUUUCCCUCAGAGCAGUUCAAUGACAUUGGGGAGCUCCUGCAGACAAGGGGGAAAGAAGUGGGUGUAACCACGGGACGUAAAAGGAGAUGUGGUUGGCUGGACCUGGUUCUCAUCAAAUAUGCCCACAUGAUCAACGGCUUCACUGCCUUAGCUCUCACCAAACUAGACAUCUUGGAUGUGCUCCCUGAGAUCAAAGUUGGUGUGUCGUACUCUGUGAACGGUGAAAAUAUACCUAAUUUUCCAGCCAACCAGGAAGUCUUACAGAGCGUUGAGGUUCAGUAUGACACCCUGCCAGGUUGGAACAGUGACACCUCCACCGCCAGAACAUUUGAUGAGCUGCCAGAGAACGCCCAGAAAUAUGUCCGCUACAUUGAGGAGCACCUCGGUGUGCCCGUGAAAUGGAUUGGCGUAGGCAAGUCUCGGGAGUCCAUGAUCCAGAUCUUCUAAGGUCUUCUCCACACUGUAGCCACCACCAAACCAGACCCUCAGUCCCCCCUCUCUUCCGAUGGUUACCUGGUUCCAGUGGCCUGGGAAACUGGUCCUAUGCUACAUGCCACUCCUCUCGGUCCCCAACUCACUCCCACACCACAGACACCAACCUGGGAGCUGCUCCUGGGGAUGAUCUUAUCAUCCUAUCCAUGAUCCCGCUCUCUCCUUAUUCCUUCUGUCUCUGAAGACCUGUGUGGGACUCUUCAAAAUGGCCUCCUCAGGCGUUAACAGGGAAGUACACUUCAGUUGCUUGCCAGCCUACGCCUGUUACUCCCCAUGUUUGGUUUGUCAGAAAGCCCUCAGAGCCGCCUCUGGCCUUUCUUUAUGGAUCUGUUAUCCUGACAUCCUUGCACACACACACCACACCACACACACACACACACACACACCACACACACUCAAAUCCAUUUUCUGUGCCUGUUCUGUGAUGAAAACCGUUUGUGUAAAUGUGUUCUUAUGCCCAGCAUGGGCCAAGGAGCCCGUGGCCAUGAAACGACCCACACGAGCAACUUAAGAUACAAAGAUUCUGUAUGGACAACUGUCAAUGUCUCUGUAUACAAUUGUAAUAAUGGCAGGAAAUGUCGAAUAUGUUGCUACUGUUAUAAUGACCUUGUUCCACGCAACAUAGUUGCCAUUACUAGAGAUACAAUCUUAAAUGGGCAUUUUAGAGGCUUCACAAUCAAACAACCUCUUAGUAAUUUCCCCAGCUGACUAGAAAUUAGUUUUUAUUUCAAUGCAGUAGAAAGCUGUGUUACUACUGGACAUUAAAAAAGGGGUCAGUUAACAUUUUGAUAGGUGAUCUUCUAUCAAACUCCACAUUGAAAUGACGCAAGAAUGUAUUUCAAUGCUAUUCUAAGUUUAAACUCCAACGCAAACACAUGAUGUUGAUAUGCUAAACUCUAGUCUCAGGACUUCUACACAAUCACAACAGUGUAUAUAUUUUACUUCUAUUUUAAUGAUUUUAGGACUAGGUAUGAUGGAUUAUUUUCUGCAACUGCUGGAUGUGUGGGUUUUCUGCAGAUGUAGCGUAUUAGACAGCAGAUCGCUUCCUGACUCGGUAACAACUAUAUAGAACUUUUGCUUUUAUAAACUGGAGCUGUUUAAGUGAAAUGGAAUUGAAUCAUGGGUUUUCCCAUCACUGAUAUACAAUCUAAAUAUUUCAAAUUAAGAUUUUUAAAGACAUGAAAGGACCUCUUCUGUUUAUGUACUCGAUCCAUACAUUAACACCGGAGUUAUGGGAUGUCUUUAAAUGCUGCUUAUCCUUGUUUCCAUAGAUUAUCCAAUGACCUGCCCAUAGGCCACACAAUGUGGUGAACAUUUUCUGCUUUACAUAUAGCAGCAACUAAUCAGUUGAGAUACUUACCCUGUCAGUAGUGUCAACACCCACCUGAAACUCCCCAUACAAGGUGAAGGCAUUCUGUCUGCUAAUCCUAAACUAUAUGCCUCCGGACACCCACCCCUAUGACAUGUUUUUUCAGGACUAACUGUGCCUUGGGCUCCCGUUCAAGACUUUCAUGUUUUAUUUACCAUAAAUCUUAACCUGGGACCUUGGGAAUGGCCCGUAACUAAGCAUUUCACUGUUGGUCUACUACACCUGUUCACUAUACCCGCAAUAACAUCUGCUAAAGGUGUGUGUGUGUGUGACCAAUAAGAUUUUAUUUGAUGUGAUAAUUACACAUUUUGAUUUGGGUUUGGAUACCUCUAAAAUGUAUAUUUCUACCUUGAGGCUCAUCUGUAAGUGAGUGGAUAGGUGAAAAGAUGGUUAGACCAUUGCUUUCACUUAUGUUACAGUGAUGUCCUCAAGGAAAGAAGCGUAUAUUUAAAUGGUCAAACGGUCCUGCUCUUCAAGGCAGCUUGGUAUUUUGCUUUCUCUAUCCCACCACAUCAGCUCAACAUGUUGGAAGAAUGUUUGGCUCCUAUGCUCAACAUUGGCUCCCAUUCAAACACAAAAAUGUUGUCUGUUAAUUCGGCUUUGAUGAGCAACAUGUAAAAUUAGUUCACAAGCUUAAGCUUUAGCCAAAAACAAGCAUGUAGGGUGCAAAAUGAGUUUUUGAUGUGAAUAGUCCUUAACUGGCUCGUUAAGGUGAGACAAAGGCAGGAUAUCUUUAAAUGAAGAGGGAAAUGUAUACAGUAUAUCCUGAUCUUGGCGAUAAAUCAAUGUUAAUAGUUUGCUUUACUGUUUAUCCCUUCCCAGUACUGCCUUCCAAAGUUACUCAUCUCAGUAAAGUAACCAUAGGGUUUAAACUGGUUCCAGCAUUUUAAUCAGUGGGUCAUGUUUAAAAGAGAACCAUUUAAUUGGCAUGAUGACUACUAGGCUUUAAAUCUAACUCCAAUUUUUGAAUAUUUUUUUCAUUUGAACACACAGGUAAACGCAUAUUUGCACACAUGUUGGUUUUCUCCGUUUUGAGAAUAUUUACCUACUUUCAGUUCUGCGUUGUAUCGCUGCUGUAUUAAGUCUGUGUGUAGCACUUCAGUACCAUUAUCUUGGUUUUGUUGUAGCUUGUUGCAUAUGCUUUUGGAGAUGGUGGUGCUGGCUGGGGAGUUGUGCAUGUUUAUCAAAUGUAAUUUGUACAGUACUGGUCUGACUCUUAGUAAUAAUAAAAUAAAGUAAUAUCAAUGACAAACUGCCAAUACAAAUCUAGAACAAGAUUCAAACUAAUAAAAACAUUGUAAAUGUCAGUUUUAUAUAUCUA